AUGUUUUCAGGAACUAAAGGACCCGGCGAAGCGGAGGCUCUAGAUGAACAAAAUAAAAAUGCAGGCACCAACCUCCGCGUCCUCAUAGUUCAUGCCCGUUGGAAUACCAGCCUCAUCACACCACUCGUUGAAGGAGCACCGUCCCGGGCAGCUGGGAGCUUCCUAUCGCUGUUCAACGUUUGUACUCUGCCAGCCAAUAAGGGGACAUUUGACGCAAUAAUUGCCAUCGGCGUGCUCAUCAAAGGUGAUACCGCGCAUUUCGAACACAUCGCGGAGACUGUCUCUCGUGGACUCAUGAGGGUUCAGCUGGACUUUGGUGUUCCGGUUAUUUUCGGUUUGCUCACUGUCUUAAACGAAGAGCAGGCAAGGAAACGCGCUGGAUUGACUUCCGAUGGGCAUAACCACGGUGAAGACUGGGGAGACGCAGCUGUCGAGAUGGGAGCCAAGAGGAAGCUUUGGGCCGAUGGCGUUAUUGGAUAGGCUUGAGUUAUAAAUAUAAAAUAAAUUAAAGUCACUGGAGCCGGGUUUAUUGAUUAAUGGGUUCUCAAAGA